AAGCGAUAGGAAAGCCGAAACGCUGGGCUCUCGCGCUCUUUCCCUCCACUCGAGUGCUCGCCGCCGCCGCCGCCGCCGCCGUCGCCGGCGAUGCACCUCGGCGUCUCCCUCGUCCCACCCCUCCCGCUCCACUUCCCCCGCCGCGCGCCCUAUGGAUUCCGCUCCGCUGCUCCCCGCCGGAUAGCCGUUUGCCCCCUCCUCUCCGUCGGUCGGCGCCGCCGGUUGGGGGCCCCACCGCGCGCGGCGCGGGGAGGUGGGGAGGGGCCCGAGGAGGAGAUGCGGAGGCUGCUGGAGUUGCUCCCCGGGGAGCUGAGGCGGCGGGUGGAGGGGCACCCGGAGCUCCCGGCGCUGGUGGAGGUGGUCAUGGACCUCGGCCGCCCGCCGCUCGCCCGCUUCCCCUCCGGCGACUUCCUCCUCUCGCAGAGCCCCAUCUCCUUCGACGACCUCCGCCACGCCACCUCCCAGGUUGGGGAUUUCGGAGCGGACAAUCGAGCUGGAAUUAGCCGGACGCUGCACCGGAUCAGCGCGAUUCGCAACCGGAAGGGCGCCAUCAUAGGCCUCACUUGCCGGGUUGGGCGUGCCGUGCCUGGAAGUGCUAAUUUGCUGCAGGAUUUGGUGAAGGAUGGUGGGUCAUUGCUGCUCAUCGGUCCACCGGGUGUGGGGAAGACGACUGUCAUAAGAGAAAUCGCUCGAAUGCUAGCUGAUGAUUAUAGGAAGAGGGUGAUGAUUGUUGACACAUCCAAUGAGAUAGGUGGAGAUGGAGAUAUUCCUCACCCAGGAAUAGGCAAUGCCCGCAGGUUACAAGUGCCUAACCAAGAUAUGCAGCAUAAGGUAUUGAUAGAAGCUGUGGAAAACCACAUGCCCCAGGCAAUAGUCAUCGAUGAAAUUGGAACGAAGCUAGAGGCUAUGGCUGCUAGCACCAUUGCACAACGGGGGAUACAACUUGUUGCCACUGCCCAUGGAAUAACAAUAGAGAAUCUGAUCAUGAAUCCAUCACUAGAUAUGCUUGUAGGAGGUGUGCAGAGCGUCACCCUUGGUGAUGAAGAAGCUAAUCGAAGAGGGGUCCAGAAAACUGUCCUAGAGCGCAAGGGUCCAUCGACUUUUACAUGUGCUGCGGAGAUUGUCUCCAAAAUUGAAUUGCGCGUCCAUCGUAGUUUGGAAGAUACUGUAGAUGCUCUGCUUGCAGGCAAAAUGCCUAAUGUUGAAAUUCGUAAAGUUGGUUCAAAGGGGCCAGUACAGGAAGUUUAUGUGCAAAAGGAACGGUUGGAUCUUGGUCCUUCUGAAGGUGCAACUCAAUUGGACACUGAUUCUUUGAGCAAUGCAAGAAGAAGCUUAGACUCGGCAUUUAAUCUUGAUCCUGCUGAAGGGCAUAUAGGGAGAUCAACUGAAGCUGAACCAGACCUCAAUCUAUAUGCUUAUGGGAUCUCGGAGUCGACUGCCUUGCAAGCCAUUAAACAGCUGGAGCUGGAGGACAUUGUAACCUUGACUUAUAACAUCAGUGAAGCUGAUGCAGUGAUUGCAUUGCAAUCGAAGCUCAAGAAGAAUACCCAGAUUCAGGCUGUUGUGAAGUCUCAAGAUAUACCUGUUUUUUUCACCAAGACAAACUCCCUGGUGCAAAUCAGAAGGGCACUUCGUGCCCUUGUUGAUGAUCACACGGAUGGGUUGAUGGAUUUUGAAGAUACUGAAGUGAGAUCUUCGGAGGAAACUGAUGCUUUGGAGGAAGCUAGAUUGGCAAUCGAGCAAGUAGUGAUCCCAAAAGGUGAAAGCGUGCAGCUACUGCCCAGACCACCAAGCAUCAUCGCUUCCCAGGUGGAUCUAGUCGAAAGUUUCAAGCUCAAGUGGGAAUCUAUAGGCCAGGAGCCAAACGCAUGCCUCAGAAUUCUUCCGCAAUUCGUAGGCGUGGAAGAAGGCGGCAAGUCUGUCAAGCAAGAAGCUGCAACUGAGCUCACAGAUUCAGACAAUUCAGAUGACAUGGACUAUAAACAGAACGGUGUCAGCAGGCUGCCUUUCCUCCCAGAGUAGCACUCACUAUCUUACCCUCCUGCUGUUCCUAGCUGUAUGAAUGUCAAUUCUUUUUCCAGUUUCCACUUCCCUGGGUUGCUAUUGAUAACAUGGUAACAACAUCCAUCAGAAAGUGGCUGUAAUUUACAAAGUUGGAUAGAUAGUGCAGCAUUACGCAUACAGAAGUACAGAAUCGGUUCCGACUCAGAAGUCAGAAAUAAAACCUGACGGCCUUCAGAUGACUCACAGGAUCAUUUUGGCAACUUUUGUGAGCUGGGGGUGAUAAAUACUGUCAUUAGUUGUUAGGCACAUUCCCUCCUGGGAUUAUUAUACAGCUCAAGCUGCGAGUUUGUAAAUGCAAUUAAAAUGUUUGCCGACACAUGCUACUGGCCCAAUCUUAUAUCGGUGUGGAAUUAAACACAUUUGGCUGCUGAGUUUCAGUGUGAAAUUAAACACAUUUGGCUGCCGGGUUUCUUUA